CGAAGUCAACUUAAUGGCCGUAUCUUUGACUCUUUAUCCUACUACUUAUUUGAUUUUGAAUCAAACGUGUCGUAGCUUAAUUUGUAUGAAAGUUAUAUUUAAAAAAAUAAAAAAUGUUCAAACAGGCAUUCAAAGCUUCAUUGAAAUUUGAUGUUUCAUUAAGCACUUUGAAAGAAGUAAAAAAUACAUUUUCUGCUUCUCAAUGGCAUUGCAAAAGAUUAAUAAAUACUUCCUCCAAAUCAAAGUGGGAUCUGUUAAGUGCUGUAUGUCUUGAACGUCAUCCUAUUAUUACAAAACCCAUGAAUGAAAUGGAAACAAAUUAUUAUAAAUUAUUAAAAAGAAUAGAAUAUGAAAAUAGUAUGAAGUCAGAUCAUGAGCUUAAAUUUGAAAAGGAGAAACUUGAGCAAAAUCAACCGUUAGAAUCAAAUAUUGCAGAUACUGACAUUGUUUCAUUGCAAACAGCGCAAGAGUUUGAAGAUAAUUGCCAAGAAGAAUUAAAAAACUUUCAAUUUGCAUCUAGAAUUACAGAAUUUGAUAAAUCUAAAGAUAAAACUAGUCAUAUGUAUAAUUUAGAUAGAACAUUAGUUUUCCUUGUAGAACAAAAUGUCAACAAUAUUGCUUCCUGGAUUCCUCCCCAAGGUCUUAGAAAAGAUGGAGAAACGAUGAGACAAGCAGCAGAAAGAGUAUUGCAAGAAUUUUGUGGUACAGAAAUGACUGUUAAAUUUUAUGGAAAUGCACCAGUUGGUUUCCACAAGUAUAAAUAUUUAGAGGAGGAUAAUAAAAAAAGCGACAAGUGUGGAGCAAAGGUAUUUUACUUUUUAGCUCGAUACAUAAAUGGAUCUAUUACAAACGAUUUAAAAUAUCAAUGGUUAAAUAAGGAAGAAUUAAGGAAAACUAUACCUCCUACAUUUUAUCAACACAUAUCAAAUUUUUUAAUAUUUGAGUAAAUUAUAUAAUUUGAGUAAAUAUUAUAAAAUUAUUUACUCGCUUUUACUAUAAUAUAUUAUCUAUUAUAAUAAUAAAUUAUCUAUUGUAAGGCUAAAAUGUUUAUAAACCCUACUGAAAGUUUUUUUUUAUUACAUUAUUUAUGGCACUUUUCAUUGAUGUGUAAGACAACGUAUUUACGUUCAAUUCAUGUAUAUGAUUGGUUGAUACGAAAAUAACGCGACCAAUUGAAAAUCAUCUUGUUUCAACAGAAUGAUUAGCGCUGCAAGCAUACGAAUUUACCAAGUUCGAUAGAAAGUGUAGUGUCAUUCGCAGUCGGUGUAGUUGGUCCUAAUUUCUUUUGAAAGUUCAACUUUUGUUUCUUACAAAA